AUGGCCCCCCCUCACGAGUCGAGCCACAUCCGCGUCUUUAUUCGCUGGCACGAUCAGACAGUCUUCGCUGGCGAGGAGGUGAAAUGCACCGUCACAUUUAAGAAUGUCGCAUCCAGUCCCGAGGAGCAGCAGCGCCAGCGCCAACAGCUGGACCAGGCCCAGCAGGCCAAUGCCCAGUCCGACAGACACAGGCUGACCUCGUCGCUACAUACCCGUGCGAAGCCGAGCCCGAACCUGUCGUCGCCGCCGCUCGGGAAAGGCCAUCGGAGAGCUGCACACUCAGUGAGCGUCCCUGCAUCAGACUUCCGCAGUCGCUCAGGAUCUGUUCAAUGGCCUUCUCCUGGCCCUGCUUCAGAUGGCCGUCAAGGCCAUGCGCACAAACGCUCCCUGUCCAUCCUCUCAUUUGGCUCGGCAGUAGCACCGGCAGAUGAUCACACUUUACGGAAUGAGAGCGCGUUGAAGUCGCCACGGCCUUUACGCGCGCACAAUCGCUCUGCAAGCUUGCAGAUAUCUCCACGUGUACAUGGCUCACCCAUUCCCGGGCCUCCAUCAGUUGCCGCCAAUUCGAUCAACUCAUCGCCGCGAAUGAACAACUCUUUACUACAAAAUGCAUCAUACCCGCCAGACCGAUUCGGUCGUAGCCUGCCUCCUCCAGGAUCAGGCGCUCACACGCCCAAUUCUGGAGCACCGCGGAGAUCUCCUCGGCGAUCUCCUCUCAGCUCGCCAAUGCCCAUGCCCGAGUUUAGAUUUCCUGCUGCGCCCCCUCCAUCAUCUUCCGCGAUACCGAACCGCGUCAAACCAACCGACGAAAACCUAUUGAGUCCCAGAAUUGGUCGGCAGGAGAACAACUCCACCCCCACUACCCGCCUUAAAGAACAGAUCCUAAGUGAGAGGCCAGCGGCCCGGAUUCUCUCAAGCACGAGCCUCGCUGGAGGUACACCCCGCAGUAGCGGCGAAUUCUACUCUAUGAGCAACAAUUCGUCGGAAACCUUGGCCUCGGAAUACACAGUACAGCAACCGGUAAGGUCAUCUAACCGGCCAUUGCAUCUCCGGAGAAACUCGAGCAUGGCUUCUUCACCACAGCUUGGAGCUUCUGAAUCGUUGAUGAUGGGCUACGCACAAAUUCAAGGCUCCUUUUCUUUGGAUGGCUCGCUGGUCAGCCUCGGCGCAUUCGAGGCUGUGAAAAAGAAGGCUGUUGUUGGCGGGCGAGGAGGGGGUGUGAUUGGCCUGGAACCAACAAAUUACCGAGAAUCGGGGCUGUUGCGUAGUUUUGGAUGGGGAAGCAUCAGCAAUUCAUUUGGCGAGCUCCUCAACAAGAGUGAGCUCAGCACAAUAAAGGAGAUGCGGGGAGUUGCGAAUUCCAAGGCAAUUCCCUUACUAAACACACCACAAUCCAUCUUAUUUGUGGACUUACACCUAGCCCCAGGGCAGAGCCGGGCGUAUGAGUACACCUUCCGUCUACCUAAAGGGCUCCCACCAACCCACAAGGGCAAGGCUAUCAAAGUGUCAUACAGCUUGGUGAUCGGAACGCAACGGGUUGGCGGGGCUCGAGAGCAACAUGUUCGGUCUGUCGAAGUACCCUUCCGAGUGCUUGGAGGUGUUAAUAGCGUCGGGGAGAUUCUGGGUCACGAUCUAAUGAAUCCCUACGUUUUACUUCGAGACGAGGCCAAGGUUGAGACUCUGGGCGAAAAACCCAAGUCUCACAAGAGCAAAGCGCCUUCCCGGACUCCGGCAACAAUGAAUGACUUUUCAAUGUACGUGGAUGAACUAGUUGCCCGAGCAGGGGAUCACUCCCGGGGUCUCUUGUCACCAUCCGCAAUUGGAGGAUCACGGCGCCCUUCAAUCCUGGCCGAGGAGUCUGAAUCUCGAGAGGCCAUCGACCUAGCAAUACUGAGAAGCAACAUGACCACCCCAGGUCAGCAGAGCCCCAACCGGUUUGAGAUCUCCCGCAACGGAUUGAGAGUUGGGGUCGUAAUGUUGGCUCGGCCAUCAUACAGACUCGGAGAGAUGGUCACGAUGGUAAUCGAUCUAGUCGACACAGACAUCUCAUGUUACGCAAUUCACAUGAGCCUUGAGACGUCCGAAAAGGUGGACGCCUCGCUAGCGGUUCGAUCAGAAUCCAGCAUUCAACGAGUCACCCGAAAGGUCUAUGCUACUUCGUCUGACUCGGCCCUCUACUCUCGACGCGUAGUGUUCACACCUACAAUCCCUAUUACUGCGACGCCGGAGUUUAUCACGAGCGGCGUAGGUUUUGAGUGGAAGAUUAGAGUAGAGUUUGUUGUCCCAUCCCGAGACGAGAAUAGUCUGGACCCCGGACAGCAAAAGCACCACCCGUUAUUAGAGAAGAUUUCACAGGAUGAUCGAGGCGGACUACUGCUUGCUGCGGUUGAGAAUCUAGCAUGCGAGAGUUUUGAUGUCCUGGUGCCACUUAGAGUAUACGGAGCUGUCGGGACUGGGUUGGAGCGGCUGGAGCGGGACGAGGCGUCCGAGGAAGGACUGGCAGUUUAG